CAGAGUCGCAGACUGCAAUAGAACCUCACCAUGUAUGCCAUCCACCAUUCUAAUUUCUGAAAUCUCAGCCUCCGUCUGCCUACGCUACUCGAACUCGGUGACCCUCUCUGUUUCACUCGGAGACGGCGACGGCGACAGUAGUUUCUCCGGUCUCCCUUAUCGGCCAGUCGGCGUCUCCGGUCUCCCUUCUCCUCAUUUUUGUUUGGGUAUUUGAAUAAUUGAAUUCUUGGUUAAAAAAUUGAUUCUUGAAGACUGACUUCAAAUUCAGGAAUAGUUGAGGAAAAUGGAGGAGCAUUAUAUAGAAGACUGCAAAGCUUUGUUAUCUCAAACGAAGCAGCGAGAGAAGGAUCUUAGGCUCAAAAGAAGGUGGUUGAUGGGUGUAAAUUUAUCACGAUGGGAGCAGGAUUGCAUGGAGUCUCUUAAGCCACCCAAUGACAAGUUUGUGCCUGAAUCAAUGCUUAGAGAAGAUGAUUUAAGUUAUGAGAACAUCAGAACAUUUGUUGGAAAGACACUUGGAGUACAUAAUGCUGAAAGAAACCGUCAUGUGACUGAAGAUGAUGAAAUACAACUCUUUGAUUCACCUAAGAAUUUGAAGUAUAUAAUCUCCUUACUUGAUGAAAUGACCAAUAAGGGGCUAUUCUGUUUUGCUGAGAUUGUGACGAAUGGUUCUGUUAACUUCCUCAAAACAAAAAAGAAGAUGAGAAAGAUAAUCAAAGAAUUUCUUCCAAAACUACUCGAAUGCCGUGAUGACCAUUGCCAAAUGAAAUUGAAGCAACUGGCUCGACUCCUUGUGGAUCCUCAAAAUUUUUGCAAGAAUGAAAUGGCUCUUUCAAAUCCAUCUCAAUCCUUCCGUGCAGCUUGUAUUGAUGUUCUUGCUAGGCUUGAUGAACUUCCAUUCAUAGCACUUAGUGCAAUGUACCGAAAUCUCAGAGGGGUCAAGGGAUACACUCCUAAGUUGCAAGGCAGAAGGUCUGGUUGGAGUCUUGAGAGAUUAGCGAAACAAAUAAGGAGAAACUCAAUGGAAAUGCUGCAAGAAUUUUGUGAUGGAGAUGAGCCACCAGAACCCUUGGCAAAAGCUUUGGCAGUUGCACACUUGAUGCUAAAACCAAAACCAAGAACACUGUUACCAAAUGUUUCUCCAGAUAUAGAGGUGCUACAGAGUGAUAUUGUGAAGGCUAUUGAAUUAGUCAAGGAUAAAAGGAAAAUAAGUUACUUAGAGCUGAAGAAGUUGCAGAUUAUGCUGGAUCCAGGUACUGAACCAUCAGAACAAAAUUGUCGUGUGCGUGUGACAAUGAAGAAUUUGUUGACUGAAUAUCUUUUGGAGUGCAUCAAUAUGGACACUAUACCAAAGAGUUUGCUAGAAACUGUUAGAAUUAUCAACAGGACAUCUCAGGGGUCAGCCCCAAAAACCUUCUCAACUGAGGAAAUACAGGAAGAAGUAAAUUGUUUACUACAUUUGAGUGCUCAGGCAAAGCAGAUAGUCUGGGACUCUCUUCCAGAAAAUGAAUUUGACAAAGAUUUUGCUGAUGCAUACAUGGAGGAUGUUGAAGAAUGUGAUGAAUCUGGUUAUAACAGUCAUGAUAGCAGUCAUGCUAAAAAUUGCAGUUUUAAUCCUGCUGAUCUUGACUGUCAAUCAGAAAGUGUUGGUGAGAUCAGCCCAGUUGAUUCUAAAUCACCAGUCUCUUCAAGUCGAGCUGAAAACUUGACUCCACUUUUUUCACCAAAUAAAAAGUUAAGUAUCAAACUUGAAUCAAUGAACAUUACUGAAAAAAACUCACUAGGGUCUCGUGCAGUUCUUCAUUCUUCAAAAAAUUUUGACGACACUAGCAGUAUAGAUGAAAAUUGGGAUCAAGCAGGAAGUACAGGCCAACAAAGGCAAACUUGUUCUCAUAUUGAUAAAGAUGGAUUUUCAACAAUAUCCUCUGGUAAUGGACUAUCAGGAAGGAGUCAUGAUGGACUGAAAGAACCAAAAACAGAGUUGGGAUACAAGCCAAACUUUGCAUCUUCUAAAUUUUUACAGGCAGAUACCACGGUAGUAAAUGAUAAUAAAAGCAAUUUUGAGAAUCAGUACCUCAUUAUCCAAGAAGCUUGUGAUGAAACAAGUAUGUUUGCUUAUUCAUUUGUUGAUCAAGUGUUGAAUGAGUUGGCAAGGUUAGACAGAUUAGAGAUGCCUAAGGAUCACAUGUCAAGUCUCCAAGCUGAUGCUUUGGGCCUCGAAAAUUCCAAAGGUCCAACAAGGAGGCAGACUUUUGGCGAAGAUGGUGUAGGGUCAGUUAUGAUCAAUGUACUUGAAGUUCUAAUGCCUUCAUUUCCUAGCAGAGAGAAAGAGGAACUGAAAGUGCUGAUGGGCAUAUAGAGACCAAUUAGAAGCAUAAUUAUUGUGGAAGUUGGUAAACAUCAGAAACCCUUCAACGGGCUAUCUUUGACACGAUAUAUUAAAGUUAAAUCUGGGUUGGACUGUUGGUUGCUGUUAGCCAAAGCAAUCCAAGGAAAAUUCUUGCAUAGAGCCUGGCUCGAUCUGAGCACUGCAAUCACCUUAAAUCAAGCAUCUUUUUGGCGAAAACAAAAAUUUGGCUACCCCUCAUUCAAGUGCUGCACCGGAGUAAAGGUUCUGGGAGUUUUCUGUUUUAUAUUUGGUGAAAGUGCUUCAGGCUUCAGCAGAUAAACAUAGAAGCAAGAGAACCACUGAAGCAGUGGGGACUAGUUAACAUUUCCUUGGUGAGCAUGUCUGAUACUGACUGGAGAAAGAAUUGAACAGAAGACCAGUUUGCACUCAGGAUAGAAAUGCUGCUGGUACCUUAUUCUCCCUACUGCUCAUAGAUUAAACAUUUUUUGGAAAACAAUUCUUCUAUUUGGGGACUGCAAUGUAGUCUGCUAUUAGAAAUAUGGUCAGAGGACCAUUCAUGAUAACAUCUGGUUUUAGCUGCCUACUUCUCAAAAGUGGGGAUGGCAGUCUAGAUUGCUAAGUAUACUCCGGAGUUGCUAGCGGUUAAGUGGUAACCUAACCUCACCUCACCUCACCGGUUGCCAGUGAAGGUUUCUCAAAUCCGGUGUAAGUUGGCUAUUUAUUCAGGCGGUCUCUUCUUUUUGGACAAUGUUAGUCUCUCGUUUGUUUGAUUUUGUUUCGAUUUUUUUUGAGGUUUGUAUGUGUAGUUGUUCUUGGGUAUUCAAUAAUUUUUUUUGAAUUUUUUUACCUUUACUCCAAAUUAUACCAUGGACCAGGGUCUACCUUGCAUUGUAGACCCUGAUCCAAAAAUAAGAGAUUUGGUGAUGACUAAACAUGAAACAAUUUAUUCUGAUUAUAAAUAAAGCAAUUUUAUUAUGAUUAUAAAUAAAGGUCGAUGGUUUCUCUCUAUAUUUUUCCUAUUCUUUCUAUUUUAUUACAUAUUGUAGUAUUUAUAUGAGUGUAUUUACCCUUGCAUGCAUCCAUAAUUAAAUUAUAUCUUAAAUGGUUCUAUCUAGAAUUAUUUUUAAUUUAUCCGCACGAGUUUAGCUCAAUGGUUCAGUAUGCAGUAAUCGAAGCGACGGGGUGUCGCCGAUGGAAAAUUAGAACGACGGAGUGUCGCCGAUGAAAAAUGAAAGCAGUGAUGAGUCGGAAAAUGAAAGCUGUGAUGAGUUGUGAUGGAAGAGCGUUGAUUUGACAAUGAGUUUACUUUAUUCAAUGUCCAAUAUGAAAUUAAGCUAAGGUUGAUAAGUAUAUGAAUGUCUGAUCUAUAUAUUGUAAUAAUAUUUUGAUAUUGCUUA